AUGAAGCUCGCUUUGUCUUUUGGUCUUUUUGCCAUCGCUUUGGUACAGAUGGCGGCGGCAGCGCCCAUUGCCGACAACAGCGUGGAGCAGGACCUCGAAUCUCGUGCCAUCCUAUUCUAUAACUUUUCCUGGAAGUACAAGAAUGAGGACUCCCCUGACGUCGAAGUCACAGAUGUCAAGUAA